AUGAAGUCAGCAGAGAUCAGAUUCUCUCAACAGAGACCUCUACAGCACAGAGAUCCAGCCAUGGCACCUACAAUCACUGCAGCAAUGACCGAUUCUCAGGAGCAUCUGACUCUGACCCACAAGCUCAGAAAGCCUCUGGUGGAGAAGUUACGCAGAGAGCGAAUCAACAGCAGCAUUGAGCAGCUCAAGUCUCUCCUGGGUCCAGAGUUCCUCAAACAGCAGCCAGACUCCAAGCUGGAGAAAGCAGACAUCCUGGAGAUGACAGUUUGUGUCCUGAGACGACUGCAGCAGCAGCAUCAAGCUGUGGACUCAGCAGCUGUCGAUCAGGGCUACUCCAGGUGUGUCCGAGAGGUGGACCACUUCCUGUCCAGGGAACAGGUGAAGACACAGUCCCAGAGAAGACUUGUGAACCACUUCAACAAGCUGCAGUCUUCCUCUGAUAAGAAGCAGAGAGAGGCAGACUUCUCUCUUCUGAGCUCCACAAUCCAGACCAGCAUUAUCAAAGAGAAGAGUCUGGCCAGGAGCGCCCCCUGGAGGCCGUGGUAGACACCUACAGACUUGUACAAAAGUGAAGCUCAAAGUGAAACGUCAACGUUGAUUGAGCAAUUGUACUUGUACUCUUGUCCUCAUUCCUGUAGUAGU